AUGGAGGACGACGAUUUCGAAGAUCUCUACGGCGACGUGGGCGCGGCAUCCGUCCCCGCGAGCUCCACCGCCGCUCCCGCAUCCGUGCGAUUGGCGUACGACUACGGGCUGGGCGGCGACGACGACCUCGAGGAUGCCGACGACGAGGCGCUGCUCUACGGCUCGUCGCUUGCCGCACCACCCGCUCCUGCGAUUACUGUACCCGCGAAACCCGAGCCUGUCGAACAGAUCGCACCGCCGUCCUCGACCCCCACCGUACCUAAAGCGGAGCCUCCUAAGUCUAUUGAUGUAGCCCCGUCGAGUCCACCCGCUGCGGCCGCAUCCGCACCCAACGGCCGCGAGGCCGUGCACGCUACGCCGGUAGCAGCAGCAAUCCCUACCCCUCUCACCUCGCCGCCUGUUUCGCCUGCUGCCACUCGUCCGUCGAAUGCCGGAGAAGCUUAUGACGCGGACGGGGGAGCGGCACCCGGUGCUUCGUCGACGCCAUCGGGGAGAGAUGGAUCGCAGGAGCGCGGGCGCGGCGAGGAGGAGCAGGAGGAGGACGAUGAGGACAAGGAGGAUGCAUUUUACAAUCAGCUGUACGGGGUUGCCAAGGAUCGUGCAGACGAGGAGGCGAUGGAGGAGCGGGGUUCGAGCCCCACUGGCUGCAAAGUAGGCGGCAUUGGCGGGGAAAACCGCGCUGAUGAGGGCGAGCGGGCGGCGUGGGGCGCCGACGCCGCUGGGCCGACCUCGAACUCCCAUGACCUUUCUGCCUCCGCCGCCGCUGACGCUGCUGCUGUAUCGAAUGUGCCUGUAGCGGGAGACGUUGAGCGGCAUGACGAAAAGGAAGAGUUUUUUCGGGGGAUGAAAGCGGAGGGGGAAGAGGAUGCGGAAAUGGGGGAGGCGGAGGAAGGGCAGAAGGAUGUGGGCGCAAGGGCGGAAGGUGGUGUGGCCGCGGAGAGUGCAGGGGGAGGUGGCUCAAGGGGGCGGGGGCGACGGUGA